UGAAGUUCAUCCCGCAUUUUCAUUGCAACUUUUGCUUGCAGUACCGUUUCAGUGGAGCCAAUGCAAAGUCAAUUGGUAUUCCUGGCUCCCAUUAUAUCCAAUAGGCAUUCAGAUCUCCCAUUGUUCCUCAUGGUAUUACUGUCAUUAGUUUCAAUAAAUCCGUUCUCAUGUCUUUCCAGCUCAAUCUUCGCCUCUCCCUCAGGUGACUGAAAGAAACGUGGUGGCAGGAGGGCUAGAGCUCUUUUGCUGCCUCCCUUUCUGUUUGGGCUACCCUUUUGAACAGACUAAUGGCUUUUUCCUUCAUGCAGCUCUUUAAAUUUCUUGCACAAACAGGAGGAGACAGAAGAGAAACUUACAAGAAGCGGCCUUUUGCUCUGAUUAAAAGCACGAAACGGCCCCAAUAGUGGCAUCAACCCAACUCUCCGCCGAAGAAGGCACGUAUUUUGGCCUCCCGUUUUCCUCCCCAGCAUUCCCCGCCAGACGCGGCUGCAGUUCCUGCACACAAGAGGAAAAGGCCGAGUAUCGCUCUCAGCGUAGACGCACCAGGGCGGAGUCGCGCAUGGGCGUUUCUGUUUCCGGCUGCAGAGAGGACUUGAAGGGCUCGGGGCAGAGGUUUUCAUUGAAUUUACUCUUUUGGUUCCCCCCCCAUCAUCACGUGUAUUCCUGUCCCCUUAAUCAGCCCUAGGGGGCAAUUAUCUCCUCCGCGCGCUCUCUUCAAACUGUAGCAGCUCCUCCUCUUCCUUCCUCCGAGAUUGAGCGGGAGGCAUGAAGCUGAGCAAAGCCCAGUAUGAAGAGAUCGCCCGAUUCCUGGCUCAAGUUCCCCCAACUAGACAGAGCCUGAGGAAACUGAAGGACAGAUUCCCUAGUCAAUCGCAGUCCACUCUGCUGAGCAUCUUCUCCCAGGAGUACCAGAAACAAAUCAGAAGAACACAUGCCAAACAUCAUACUCCAGAGGCCACUGAUGCUUAUUAUCAAAGGUACCUGAAUGGAGUGAGCAAAAAUGCAGCUUCUCCUGUAUUGUUGGAACUGGCUAAUGAGGUGGAUUUUGCUCCAUCAUUGAUGGCUCGAAUUGUGUUGGAAAGAUUUCUACAAGAGCAAGAUGGAUUAAUUCCUUCCAAAACUCUUAUAAACAGUAUGCUGCGGGACCCUUCACAGAUUCCAGAUGGAGUUCUAGCAAACCAGGUCUAUCAGUGUACUGUGAAUGACUAUUGUUAUGGACCACUGGUGGACUGCAUCAAACAUGCUAUUGGACAUGAACAUGAAGUCUUACUACAAGAAAUGCUUUUGGAGAAAAAUAUAUCUUUCUUAACUGAAGAUCAGCUUCGUGCAAAGGGUUAUGACAAAACACCAGACUUCAUUUUAGAAGUGCCAGUUGCUGUAGAAGGACAUGCCAUUCAUUGGAUUGAAAGCAAAGCCUCAUUUGGUGAUGAAUGCAGCCACCAGGCCUACCUUCACGACCAGUUCUGGAGCUACUGGAACAGAUUUGGUCCUGGACUAGUUAUUUAUUGGUAUGGAUUUAUUGAAGAGCUGGAUUGUCAUCGCAAUCGAGGUAUCCUUCUCAAAGACUGCUUCCCUACAGACAUAGUUACUCUAUGAGAUCGCAUGGCUGAGCAACAAGAGUGGAGAAAAACUGAGAGGAAAAGCCAAAUCUGGAAGCAGUGUGACUUUUCUGCAGUAUAAACUAUUGGCAACAUCUUCCCUGAACUUCAGUUGAACUUUUGCUGCCCAUGAUCACACUACUAUUGCUUCAGACAAACACAUGAAGGGUUUCUGUUUUACCUCAACCCUCUACUGAUGCAAGCAGCCAAAAAAUACAGACACAGCCCAAACAUUAUCAGCAUUUCUGUCUCUGUCAAACAGUUUAUAGAUGGCCAUAAUCUUUCUUCCUUCCGGAUGGCUUCUCCUUGCACUUUGAACAAAAGAAGAAAUGUGGAGGCUAAAAGGUGUGGCUUUCAGUUUUCCUCUCUGGUGUGAAGUCACCUUUAAAAAAUGCCUUCUGUCAUACAAAACCUUCCUCUGGUAAAUGUUAAAUAUACAGCCCAACACUCAAAUAAGAAAAUUAGUUAAUACUACAUCUCUGAUCGUGCAGAUCUCAUACAGCUCGCUUAGGAAUAGAAAAUUAUGUUGUCUGGCAGUGCAGUGUUUUAAGAUUGAACUUCCUGGCUUUGGGGGCACAAAGCCAGACAGUUGACACUUUUAAUGUAAUUUUAAUGACUAGCAUAAGUUACUUCAUUUUGUGUUGUUAGAAGCAAAAUCAUAUAAUGGGAGAAACACCUUUCUUUUUAAAAGGCUCAUAUCAGACUUGGAAUUAUAACAAAAAUGUUUCUAGUGUAUAUAAUAAACUUUUUAGUGCUGAUA